AGACACUCCCACUCUUUUCUGAAAACAGUGCAGGCAGCUUGAUAACUCACUGGCAGCAACUAGCUGUCCUUUUUAAAAGUUGCUGAAGCCUUGCAUACUUCCUCACUGGGCUCGCUUCUGCGAAAAGAUGAAGCUCGUUUACAUGAUAUUGCUCCAAGCAGCUCUGCUGCUUUGUCCAAAUGGAUCGGCUUUGACAGACGACAGCACAGAAAGCGUGGGAGAAGAAAAACCGACUGAGGCAUGCCCUGUAAAGUUGAAAAUCAGUGGGAAAUGUGAUGGAGAGGAAUGCCCCUAUCAGAUCCACUUGCCUCCAAUGACCCUCCAGCUACCCAAACAGUUUCGACUCAUUGAAAAGACCCUUAAAGAAGUGCAGAGCCUUAAGGAAGUUGUAAACAAGAUGAAGAAAUCCUGCCAAGACUGCAAGCUGCAGGCAGACGACAACCAAGAAAGAGAGAGCAAUGAAUUCCUGCCACCUGCCACAGAUGGUCCAACAGACCAGGGCAAAGUACAAGAUAACAGAGUCAAGGAAUUGCAGAGCAAGGUUUCCAAACUCUCAGCCAGUCUGAAGAAUGCAAAGAACCAGAUCCAUUCCUUACAGGGUCGGCUGGAGCAGAUAAACCUGAUAAACAUGAACAAUGUGGAAAACUACGUUGAUGACAGAAUAGCCAAUCUCACAUUUGCUGUGAACACUUUGGGAGAUAAAUGCUCUUCUAACUGUCCAGCAACACAGCCAAAUCCAGUUAUGCAUCUUCUUCAAGGAGACUGUUCCAAUUAUUUUGCAGCAGGGAAACGGCAUAAUGGAAUUUACAAAAUCAUUCCUGAUCCCAGAAAUGGGAGCUUUGAUGUGUACUGUGACAUGGAGUCAAUGGGAGGCGGAUGGACAGUAAUCCAGAUGCGUCAGGAUGGCAGCGUUAACUUUAACAGAACAUGGCAGGAAUAUAAGAAUGGCUUUGGAAACCUCACCAGAGAAUUCUGGCUUGGGAAUGACAAAAUUCACCUUCUGACCAAAAGCAAGGAUAUGCAGUUGAGGAUUGAGCUUGAAGAUUUUAAUGGAAUCAGAGAAUACGCAAAAUACGACCAGUUCUAUGUAGCCAAUGAGUAUCUCAAAUACCGUCUAAGCAUUGGCAGCUUCAGCGGUACAGCUGGUGAUGCCCUGCACUUUAACAAACAUUACAACCACGAUCAAAAGUUCUUCACCACUCCAGAUAAAGACAAUGACCGGUAUCCAUCUGGCAACUGUGGGGCAUACUACAGCUCUGGAUGGUGGUUUGACGCAUGUUUGGCUGCCAACUUAAACGGCAAAUAUUAUCAUAAAAAAUACAGAGGUGUUCGCAAUGGGAUUUUCUGGGGCACUUGGCCAGGAGCUUCUGAUGAUAAUAUAAAUAGUUACCGAGUGCCUUUUAAAAAGGUUAAAAUGAUGAUCAGACCCAAAAACUUUGCACCAUGAAUACAUUUGAAAACCCACUACUGGCAAUCUUUGCCUCAGUAGUUGGGUCACUGAGGUGUAUUUUUUCAUGUUUAAAUUUUGUAUGUUUAGGCACCAAUUUCUACUUUUUAAAAAACAAAAAAGGCUAAAAUCUCUGGUGACAUAUGCAAGGAUAACUUCUGGUUACAAGCUACACACACACACACACACACACACACACACACACAUGUAUUUGUAUUUGGACACUGUGGAAGAACAUAAAGUGCGCUUCCUUCUACGGUGACUCUCCUCCCAAGUGGGUGCAGCAAAGAGAGCUCAAGGAGCACCUCUAUCCUCUCAGGUACUGGCUGUUGGGUGUGCCCAGCCACAAUCUCAUUGCCCUCAUACAUCUGGGAAAGAAAUUUUCUUUGACAUUAACUGAAUAAGAAAAACAACACAAAUAUUUUAAUCUGCACUCUGAUAAAUGCUACUGAAGUAACAUUUCUGAUUACUCUUCUACUUCAUAUAUGACAUUAGUGUAAUAUUAAGCCUCUUAGAACCACUGAUAAAACAAAUUGACUGGAACUACGUUAAGUCAGAUAAAACAGCUCUAUCUGAAGUGAAUGGAACAUAAUUGUCAUGAUUUAUCUUGAAUCUCAUUGAUUAAAAUGGCAAAAAGGACAAUUAAUUCAGUCUGUGUCCAGGACAAUAUUUUUUAGAUCACAGUAGAGAAUGUAUUCAACAUGUGGAGAUCUGAAAUAAAAAUAUAAUCAUUCAUCAGGGUUCCAGAGGAACCCCGAGGCUUUCAGACCUAUGUUCCAAUUAUGUCAGCAACCCCUAUAUAAAGCUAAAUUGUCAUUACAUGAUCAUAAUGCUAUACCAUCCUACAAGCAAGGGUAGAGGCCAUAGACAGACACAAAACCAACAGAUAAACCCACCAUAACUCUUCUGCUAAUUACAUUAUAGAUACCUAUAGUUGGACUACACCGUGAUAAUGCUCCCACAUUAGCACUGCAUGGAGGGCAAUAGUCAAUCACUAUGUGACACAAGAUGGCACAAGUGCCAAAACUUCUUAUUGGAUACUUUUUCUAUAUGCAAAUCACAAGUAGAAUUUCAUCCCCUGUGUCUUUUUGUUAGAUAGCUCCAUACCCCUGUGUGUAGGCCCUGAAGGAUCCUCCUUACAAAAGGAAUCACUUGCAACACAGUGAGCCAAUAUCAAAGCUAGCUGAUAUACAGACAUAACUCACCACACACCCACCAGAAUGUAGCUACUGACUGUGUACAGUGUUCCCUCACUAUUUCGCGGUUCGCUUUUUGCGGCUUCACUGUUUCACAGUUUUGCAAUAAACUCUAAAAGAAUAUUAUAAAUCAUAAAAAACUACAAUUUACAGCCUAAGGAAGGGAGGAAGGAGAAGCCGAAGGGAGAGAAAAGGAGCCCAAGCGGCAACGGGAGGAGAAGGAGGUGAUUUAUCAACACACGAUUGGUUGAUGAAGACUUAAAAUAGUGUAUAACUACUAAAAUAAUGUGUAAAUAUAUAGCGUCCUACUUCACGGAUUUUCACUUAUUGCGGGUGGUCCUGGAACCUAAUCCCCGUGAUUUGUGAGGGAACAUUGUAUUGCAUAAAUGCUGUGGUAUGUCAGUACAAACCAGGAUCUCGGCCAUUAUUUGAUACCUAGAGUCACUAUCACUCUACACAUUUAUAGAACUAUUGUUCAACUUUAACUGCAAUUAUAAUAUUCUAUGGAAUUCUAGGGUUUCUAUUUUAGUGAGGUUCAAGAACUCUCCAGCUAAGAAUUCUCAAUGUCCCUCCCUAAACUAUAAAUCCCAGGAUUCUAUACAAUGUUGCCUUGAAAUUAAAGCACUAUUACAAUAUAGUGCAGUUUUUCAAACUGUGCUCCUCCAGAUGUUUUGGAUUUUAGCUCCCACAAUUCCUGAGAGCUGCUAAAAUUUCCAAACAACCGUUGUGCCAAAGUAAAAAAAAAAAAAAGAGGAUUUCACUUUUGCAAA